CACACACAGAGAGUGAAGAGGGGGGAGGAUGAGGAGUGAAAACAUCACUUCAGCAGGAGAACUGUGUCAGGACAGAGCAGCUGGCUCGGCUGGAGGUGCUGACUGAUGUAGAACAUGGACCCACAUGUUUGGACCGUGACUUUGAACACACAUGGAUGCAGCUGUCCGGACACUUCUACAGACCUCCGUUAAUCCUGGCAUGUCCCAGAUGAGAGACUACAGUAAUGACUGUCAUCACUUUCACUGUCUCUGUGCUGUGCCUGCUGCCUCAGGCGGUGCUGGCACGGUGGGCGUGUGUUCGGGCGUGUCCGGCGUCCUGCUCCUGCACACAGGAGAAGAGCUGCAGUGUGCUGUGCGACCGCUCCGCCCUGGCUGAGCUGCCCAAAGAGUUCCCCUGCGAGGCCUCCGCCAUCAACCUGGACAAGAACCGGCUCAAGUUCCUGUCCGAGAGGGCGUUCGGCACCCUGCCCUCCCUCAAGUCUCUGUCUCUGGACCACAACAACAUCUCCUUCAUCACUCCUGGGGCGUUCAAGGGCCUCUCUAACCUGGUGGACCUGAAGAUGGCACACAACGAGUACAUCAGCUACCUUCACACGCGGACGUUCACCGGGUUGAAGAAGCUGGUGCGUUUGGAUCUGUCCGACUGCAACCUCUUCAACAUCCCCGAUCGUAUCUUCAUCGAGCAGACGGCGCUGAAGGAGCUGCUCUGCUUCCAGAACAACUUCAGGAGGAUCCCCGGAGCCAUCCGAGGCAUGGAGAACCUGACCCACAUCUACCUGGAGAAGAGCAAGAUCGAGGCGGUGGCCUACAACUCCCUGCUGGGCCUGGGGAGUCUGAGGUACCUGAACCUCCAGGAGAACCGCAUCAAUGUGAUCCACGACCAGGCCUUCCAGGACCUGGUGCGGCUCGAGAACUUCUACCUCAAUGACAACCUUCUGUCUGAUCUGCCCCGGCACGCCUUCAAGGGUCUCACACGCCUCAAGAUGCUCAACCUCGGGGGGAACCAGUUGAUCAAUGUGUCUAAGACCUGGUUCAGUGACCUGGUGGAGCUGGAGGUCCUGUACCUAGACAGGAACCAGGUGAUGUUCAUCGAGGAGGGCACUUUUGAGAACCUGACCAGCCUGAUCACGCUGCACCUGAACAGCAACAACCUCACCACGCUCCCGUUCCCGGUGUUCCAGCCCAUCUACUUCCUGGGUCGCCUGUACCUGUUCAGGAACCCCUGGGAGUGCGACUGCUCCCUGGUGUGGCUGAAGGAGUGGAUGGAGAGCUACAAGCUGGUGCGGGACAUCCCCUGUUCUUCGCCUUCCUCGGUCGCGGGGAUGGAUCUCAGCGAGGUGGUCUUCGCCAAAAUAAACGGCACCUGCGUGGACCCCGCAGAGCUGAACCUGACCACGGUGUCCUCAGAGAUCGUCUCCACCACUGAGAACCGCUUCAUCAGCCUCAUUUCCAAACUGCUGCAGCAGGAGCUCAAAGAGGAGAUGGGGAACAGCACUGAGAGCCUCCGCAACGGGACUCUGCUGGAUCCUGAGGACGGACAGCUCUCUGCAGGGGUCGGAGGUCAACACGAGCAGGGGUGCAGAUCCUUCGUCUGCUUCCUCGGGGUGUGGCUGAUCUUUAAUUUGAUCGACCAAUCGAAUGUUUACUUCUGUCUUUCUUGCACAUGAGAACUGAGGAAGGAGAGUGUUUCCUGAACGAGGGGAACGAUGAGGAGUAGCUUUUCAAAUUGCCGAGGAGAUACAAGAUGAAGUCCGAGGAAUCCUCUUCUCCUCGUGCCAAAUGUAGGAUUUUCAGAAUGUCUUCUUCUUCUUCUCUGGUGGCGUGCAACCUGGAUAUUUGCAGCUCCUGUUGUGAGAAAGACUGACGCUGACACGGCUGCUCAUGAACAAUAAUCCCUGAUAUUUCUAGGUGAAGUACUUGCAUAAGAGAAACCAACAUGUCCGCCCCGUCCUGAUGCAGACGCCAUGUUAACGCUGCGGGGGUUGAUUCAAACUGUGGAUUCCUGUCAUUAAAGUGUGUGUGUGAACCUCCA